GGUUUUUCUACAUGAGUGGAGAAGGUAGAUGUUGCAAGUAGAACAGAUACAACAUUUUUUUAGGAUGUCUGAAGAUGAAGAAAAAGUGAAAUUACGCCAUCUUGAACCAGCUAUUCAGAAAUUUACUAAGAUAGUAAUCCCAACAGACAUGGAGAGGUUAAGAAAGCACCAGAUAAAUAUUGAGAAGUAUCAGAGGUGCAGAAUCUGGGACAAGUUGCAUGAAGAGCAUAUCAACGCAGGACGUACAGUUCAGCAACUCCGCUCCAAUAUCCGAGAAAUGGAGAAGCUUUGUUUGAAAGUCCAAAAGGAUGACCUUGGACUUCUGAAGAGAAUGAUAGAUCCUGUUAAAGAAGAAGCAUCAGCAGCAACAGCAGAAUUUCUUCAACUCCAUCUGGAAUCUGUAGAAGAACUUAAGAAACAAUUUAAUGAUGAAGAAACUUUAUUACAGCCUUCUUUGACCAGAUCCAUGACUGUUGGUGGUAAUGUACUAAGUCUUAUUCUUGAUCAUAGUAUAGUAGAAGCGGACUUAAUUGAACUUAGCCAACUGGUCACUGAUUUCUCUCUCCUAGUGAAUUCUCAGCAGGAGAAGAUAGACAGCUUUGAAGACCACGUCAACAGUGCUGCUGUGAAUGUUGAAGAGGGAACCAAAAACUUGGGGAAGGCUGCAAAAUACAAGCUGGCAGCUCUGCCUGUGGCAGGUGCACUCAUCGGAGGAGUGGUGGGGGGUCCGACUGGCCUCCUUGCAGGCUUCAAAGUGGCAGGAAUUGCAGCUGCACUUGGUGGUGGGGUGUUGGGCUUCACAGGUGGAAAAUUGUUACAAAGAAAGAAACAGAAAAUGAUGGAGAAGCUCACUUCCAGCUGUCCAAAUCUUCCCAGCCAAACUGACAAAAAAUGCAGUUAAAAACCAAACUUCAGUAUUACUGGCACCAACAUGUCUAUC